AUGGUCAGACUCAAUACCAAGAAAGAGGGACAUAAAAAAGUGGCACUGCAAAACAAGCAGAAGGAAUCCGAAUUAGCGGUCCGUAAAAGUCAACAGUCCUACAACUGUGACGUCUGCCCAGCAGUUUUCCAGCAAGUAUCUGGUCUCUACAAACAUGUAAAGGAACAUGAAUCUAAAAUCACAGCCAAAUUGAUCAACUACAAGACUCCAGUUUUGUCCAGCAAGUCAAAGAUAACAUCUUUAAUGAUGAAAAAGACUGAUGAGACUCAGCAGAAGGCCCUCAGCUGUCGAGAUGAGUCUGAGAUGGACACUGGAGUUUUGCAAAAAACCUUCUCCUGCAAAGAGGAUUUGAAGACAUCUCCACAAAACCCAGUCAAUGAUCAGAUGCCAAGCAGUAUAAACAAAGAAAAAGUAACACAGUACCAAUGUUCCGAGUGUGAUUUGAGCUUCACUGAUGGCUUGAUGCUCAUCAGUCAUCUGGAAGAGCAUGGAAGAGAGGAGCAAGCCAUUCAACGCUCUACCUGUACAAAGUGCAGGCGUGUUUUUGCCAGUUAUGCAGAAAUGGAAAAGCACAUGAAGUCUCAUGGUUUAAGUAAGAAGUUCUCUUGCUCGACCUACGCCUCCAAGAAUUCUCUCAAAAGACAUUGCAAAGCAUCGCAUCCGAAAGAGCUAAAGAACUCUGAGAGCCAACUUGAGCUUGAGCAGAAAAGCAUCGUGGCAAGCGAAAGUGAUCACGAUGAAUCUAGUAGUAGUGACGACAGUGACUCUGCCCCUUACUUCCCGUGCCAUGUAUGUGGAAAGACAUUCCCAACAUCAGAAAAUCUAGAAGAUCAUCAAAAAUGUCAUCUCGGGGUCAAACCUCACGAAUGCGCAGAAUGCGGCAAAUGUUUUUUCCAGGCCGCCCAGUUGGAACAGCACAAACGGAUGCACAUGUCAGAGUUACAGUGUCAGGUCUGCGGAAGGGGGUUCGUGUCCCUCUUUGCUUUGCGGAAACACAAACACACCCAUGGCAAGAGUCGUCCAUACCGUUGCUCCAAAUGUCAGCUCAGUUUUUCUGGAGCCUCCCAGUUAGCAGAACACAUGUCCAACCACCGGGAAGACAACUUUCCAUGCGAUAUAUGCAGUCAGGUUUUCCCUUCCAAGAUUAGCAGAGCUGAACAUAGAAAAGAACACACCAUGUCAGUUGAGCACCACUCACCUUUGCCUGAAAAGUCUUCUCUUCUCUCUGAAAGUAGCACAAAAACAAACCUGCUCUAUAAAUGUGGUUUAUGUAUUGAAAGCUUCAAAGACGCGACAGACUUCUCCGAGCACGGUUGUCAGGCCUCCAGCGAUAGGCCUUAUUCCUGUCCUGAUUGCGAUAGACAUUUUCUGCACUCAUCCCAUCUACAAAAGCACAGUGUCAGCCAUCACAAAUUGAAGACUGAGAUUGACUAUUCCUGUAACUGUUGUGAUACUACUUGUCCCACCCUUGAGCUUUUCAUCAACCAUCUGAAGACCCAUGAAAAUGAGCUUCCGGGACCAAUAAAUCAUGCCGAAGGCUACAAAUGUCCCAUUUGCGGAUGUAGUUUUGUAAAGGCCACCGAACUGAUUUCCCAUUUUUCUGUUCAUUCUAGAAAUACACUAAAUUGCAAAGUGUGCAAAAAGACAUUUUCUACCAAAAAUGAACUGGAAGAACAUGAACAGAGUCAUCAUUCAUCAGUCUCGAAAUUGGAACACGGCACUUUCCACCAGCACGCCAGUUCAGAUCAAUCCGAAUCGCAAAGAACGCUUGUAAAUGCGGGAAAAGAGACUGCAGAAACAAAGCAGAAGGAUGCUGGUGAGGAUGAAGAAGUUGAUGUCACUGGAGAAGACUUGCACAACUGCAACAUUUGCUCAACGCGGUUCCCUUCAAAAAGCGUUCUCUUGGAGCAUCAAAACAAAGUGCACUUAAAUCAGAUAUUCAAAUGCAAGUACUGCACCAAAUCCUUUGCUUACAAGCAUACCCUUCAAAAACAUGAGGAAAUGAUGCAUACCAAAAAGGCUCAGCCAACACCACCGCAAACCAAUCUGCAAUGCCCCCAGUGUUUCUGUAACUUCAGCAAACUCCUAGAUCUUUCGACACACAUGAGAAUGCACGCUGAACAACAAGUCGGAAAGUACCGCUGUGAGAUGUGCUAUAAGUCAUUUGCAUCCUCUGAUCAACUUCAGCGCCAUCAAGAAAGCCACGUUGGCCAAAUUGUGUAUGAAUGCACAGAAUGCGACAAGGCCUUUGCGUUUCCUCACCUACUCGAGGUGCAUCAGAAGACGCAUGUUUAG